GACGUAGUUGUCAUUAUUUAAGAAAAUGGCGUUGAACUAUCUUAACCUCACUGUUAAGUUGCAUCCAGUUGUAUUAUUUCAAAUUGUAGAUGCUUAUGAACGUAGAAAUGCAGACUCCCAGCGAGUUAUUGGAACCCUUUUAGGGAGCGUUGACAAAGGUGUAGUAGAUGUAACUAAUUGCUUUUGUGUACCUCACAAAGAACAUACAGAUCAAGUAGAAGCCGAAUUAACAUAUGCCAAUGAUGUGUAUGAAUUAAACAAGCGUGUCAAUUCAUCAGAAAAUAUUGUUGGUUGGUGGGCUACUGGAAAUGAAGUUACUAAUCACAGCUCAGUAAUUCACGAAUAUUACUCUAGAGAAUGUAAUAAUCCAGUUCAUGUCACCGUGGACACUGGUCUUCAAAGCGGAAAAAUGGGCAUAAAAGCUUACGUAUGUGUUCUGCUUGGUGUACCAAAUGGUAAACAAGGAUGCAUGUUUACACCAAUACCAGUUGAGAUAUCAUGCUAUGAUCCUGAAGUUUAUGGUUUGCAAUUGUGUGCAAAGACCAUGAGUGGUGCUGCAGCAAGAUCAAGAACUGUGCAACCCAUGAUGGAUUUAGCCCAGGUUUGUGAAGCUGGCCAGAAAAUGGGAUCGCUAUUGGACCAAGUAUUAGCUUAUGUAGAAGAUGUUUUAGCAAAUCGAGUUAAACCUGAUAAUGCUGUAGGUCGUUCUUUGUUAGAUUUGGUUAAUUCUGUUCCUCAUAUGACUAACGAGCAAUUUUCUGAAAUGUUUAACAGUAAUAUCAAGGAUUUGCUAAUGGUUAUAUCACUCUCUCAGUUAAUCAAAACACAAUUGCAAUUGAAUGAAAAAUUGACUUUGGUUGCAUCUAUUUAAAUUUUACAAAUGUAUGUACUUUUUUAUUUAAUUUACUUCUACAGGAUAAGUACAAUGUUAAAAGAUAUGUUAUGAAUUAUUGUUGUCCUAACAAGUAUGAAUAAACAUUUUGUAAAGA